AAUGUUCCUAACCCUAACUUUUUAACAGAAAUGCCUUUUUAGGGCCGGGGAAAUAAAAUUAGCUUGGUUGGAGACAUCAAGCGGAUGUGAACAGGAACAAAAAGCUUAAUCUCAUGGUGAAUGAACCUAGAUAGAAAACUCUUGGUGAAUGGAGGUAAACCUAAACCAGGGUCCACGCAGAAAAAGCACUCCAUAUAGGCAUGUAGCCAAUUGCCAUCACGGGUCACACGGUGCAGCAAAGCCACGUGGUCUUAAAAAAGACUGGGGUAUUACUGUGCCAGAAUCCUACAAAAUAGGCCGGCCAGUUUGCCACUCCCAUAGGCGCAGAAGUCGUAUCCUGCAAUUUUCUUUCCUGUGAUUAUUCUUUUUUGUUACAGAAAUGCCUUCUUUGGGGCUAGGGAUGUAAAGUUAGCUUGGUUGUUACUUAUGAAAUAUUGAACCUUUUUGCAAUAUGACCGCAAGUUUGUGGGGGGGAAAUGCAAAAACAGUCGGAAAUUGACAUAUUCCUUAUUUGUAACUGUAGCGAAUGUAUUUUCUGUCGAAGGAACACACUACGAUUACUGACAUCACCCUAGCAUGUUACUAUUUAAAAAAAAAAACAAAAUGGCCGCCAAAACAACAUUAAAGGGUAUAAGUCGUAAAAGCAGUAUAUUUUUGGUAUUAUUUUCUGAUUAAAACCAUCUCUGCCUUCCGUUUUUCUGUUCAUUGUGACUUUUCGUUAACCAUAAUCUUUAACUGUCAUUAUCAGCUUGUUUGACGUUCAUCUUAUGCUUGCUGAGGGCGUAAGCUCCUUUUGUAAUUUUACUUCUCUAGUCACAGAGAUUGCAUUUCUGUAAAAAGGACUUAUAUUAUAAGAAAGACCUCUGUAGGGUUAGUGUUCUGACAACUUAAGUAUAAGCGAAGUGACUGAAAGACAACAAGGAGCAUGCAAAGACACCAAACGGUUGAGGAAAACACUGGUAGGACUGCAGGUUGGAGAUUUUACCUUAAAUUAAAGGUCUUAGCCUUUUUUUAUUCUUGUUGCACUCAUUUAAUGUAUCUUCAAAAGUCUAAUUAUGCUGGAAACACAGCUCCAAGUUCAUCGUGUGACGUUAUAUUGGGAUUUUUGGGGUAAAAACAUCAUUUUCGGUUUUCUGAUUUUCUCAGGCACCUGGAUAGCUAUAAACAUGCUUUUAAUGGUAUCAUAACAUUUGAACGAAGUACUACAAAAGGGGUUCGGGGAUUUUUCUUUAAAGACUUACUAUUGAUUUUAUCUAUAAAAACGUGAUUUUUAUCCCUAUUUGAGUACAGUCCCACCUUAAGUACAUGUAACACGAUUUUAUGUUUACUGAUAUUUUGCUGACCUAUUCAUUUGGAGGGGAGCUAUAUAACGCUGUUCGUUUGUUUGUCUGUUUGUUUGUUUGUUUGCUUGCUUGCUUGCUUGCUUGCUUGUUUGUUUGUUUUACAGGUACCCCAUUGACAGUGUACUAUGUGUUCCUACUAUCCCUUAGCAGCUUGAUAUAUUUGGCAUUGGCAGAGUUUGGUCACCUUGACCUUCGGCAAGUUGUAGCUAUUGGACUUACCUUCAUGGUGCUGGGGCUGUUGCUGACGUCACUUUUAAAUGGAGCCCUGACUGUGGCCAUAUCUUUUGGCAUUAUAUAUGGGACUGGCUGCGGGUUGGUUCUCGUUUGUACGUAUUCAGUGAUAGCUCUCUGGUUUCCAUGGUCACACAAGUACCACGUGUUUACAACCAGUUCGUUGAGCAACAUGAUGCCUGUUGGCUCGGUAAUUGUGAACAACGUUAGUGCCCUGAUGUGCUCAAAUCCGGCACUGGGUUGGCGUUGGGCGUUCCGAAUUUAUGCAGUUAUCAUUUCUUCUUUGGGUAUUCUUCUACUACUGGUAUACGGACACCCGCCAAAGUCAUCAAAUGAACAACGUUGCUGUCCAUUAGACGAAAGGUCAGACUUCCUGCAAAAACCACCUUGGACUAUAGGUUCCAAAAUUACCAUUUAUGGACUAUGGGCCAUGGCAAUAUGUUGUAAGGGGUUCGCUUUCUUUUUGCCUUUUGUUAUACUACCAAAACACGUGACCGACCUCGGAUAUAAGGAGAACGAAGCAGAAUAUGUGAUGACUGUUCUAGGAAUCACGGGCCUGAUAGGACAGAUGUUUUCCUCUUUUGUAGGAGACUAUCUGAAAGGAAAGUUAAUGGUGGUGAAUGUGGUUGCAGCAGCUUUGCUCGCAGUUAAUAAUAUCAUCGCCGCAUAUUCGACAUCUUUGACUGGUGCGUUUAUAUAUAGUGCCAUCACUGGUCUGGCUUUUGGUCCAUAUAAUGCCGGGUACUUUGCUGUCUUCAAUGAGGUCAUGGACGGCGAGAACGUUGACACGUUAUUUAUGACAACGCGUUUAAGUAAAGGCGUUGGAGCUACUACGGGUCCUUAUUUGGCAGGCUAUAUCCGUGACGUCACAAGGAGUUACUACGCAGUGUUUCUAUCUAUUGCGUCAUGCUUCGGUGUGUUUGUCCUAACAACGGGUGUAAUUAUAUUCAUCAACAAGUGGAGGAACUUGAAAAGUAUAGAACUGAUGAAGAAUAGCAUUUUGUAUGAGUAAAUACUACAAAACCAGAUUUCUCGUGUUGUUUCUUAGCUUUAAACAGUCAAAAUUUGUCCGAAAUUUCAUUUUAAGAAAUCAUUC